AUGUGUGUCGGCCACAUAGCGGUGCACAGAUGCUUUAAUGCGUGCUGUGUGGACUCCCAGCUACCUCCAUCCACUCUGCAGCAGCGGGAGCAGCGUCCUCACAGCAGCCGAGAAACCUGCACCGUUUUGGGGGUGGAGGUGGUUGGUGGUUGGUGGUGGGGAGGGGGAACCCAGCUGCAGAAGCACCGCCCCGGCGCAUGGACGGUCCAGCACAAUGGCAGAGGAAUCGGGGGUGUAGUGUGGCUGGGGGGGGUGCUCAGCAGGAUGGAAAUAGAUGCCCGGUUUCGCUACUAUUUCCAGCACCCGUGGUCGCGCCUCAUCGUGGCCUACCUCGUCACCUUCUUUAACUUCCUCAUCUUCGCCGAGGACCCCAUCUCUCACAGUCAGACAGGGGCCCAUAUGAUCGUGGUGGGCAACUGCUUCUCCUUCCUGUUCAACAAGUACCCGGGCCUCGGAUGGAACGUCCUGAAAGUAAUAUGCUGGAUACUGGCCAUAAUCACUGGCAUGUUAGCCGGGAAGUUUAUAUUCCACCGCCAGCUCUUUGGUCGAUACCUGCGCCUGAAAAUGUUCCGCGAGGAUCAUGGCUCCUGGAUGACCAUGUUCUUCAGCGCCAUCCUCUUCCUCUUCAUCUUCUCACACAUCUACAACCUUAUCCUGCUGAUGGCUGGGAGCAUGGAGCCUCACAUGGUGACUGAUUCCAUGGGCAUCAGGAAUGAGAGCUUCAUGAAGAUUGCUGCAGUGGGGACGUGGAUGGGAGACUUUGUCACUGCCUGGAUGGUGACAGAUAUGAUGCUCCAGGAUCAACACUACCCAGACUGGGGCAAAGCAGCCAGAAGGUUCUGGAAGCAAGGAAACAACAGGAUUGUUCUCUUCUGGACAGUGCUCAUCUCGCUGACCUCGGUAGUGGUUCUGGUCAUCAGUACUGACUGGAUCAGCUGGGACAACCUGAACCGAGGCUUCCUGCCCAGCGACGAGGUCUCCAGAGCCUUCCUGGCCUCCUUCAUCUUGGUCUUCGACCUUCUCAUUGUCAUGCAGGACUGGGAGUUCCCUCACUUCAUGGGUGACCUGGAUAUGAAUCUACCAGGAAUGUCAACAACGCAUGUCAAGGUCAAGCUUCCUGUCUGCAAGAGUAUCUUUAAAGAGGAGUACCACAUUCACAUCACAGGUAAGUGGUUCAACUACGGGAUCAUCUUCCUGGUGCUGAUUUUGGACCUCAACAUGUGGAAGAACCAGAUCUUCUACCAGCCCUACGAGUACGGUCAGUACAUCGGGCCCGGUGAGAAGAUCUUCACAGUGGAGGAGCCGGAAACACUCCGCUUCUUCAACCGCAGCACUCUCACCUACGCGUGGCGCUCCACCAACAUCAACCCCGACAGCAACUUGACCUACGUGGAGCGGGACAUGUUCCUCCACAGCCGCUUCACCGGAGCCAGCCUCGACGUCAAGUGCCUGGCCUUCAUCCCAAGCCUGGCGGCGUUUGUCCUCUUCGGCUUCUUCAUUUGGUAUUUUGGGCGAUUUCAGGACAGCGAGACCUUCACUGAAAACCAAGACAAGACGUACGAGAGGAUAAAGAGGAAGUCGCCGUCGGAGCACAGCAAGGAGAUGGGUGUGACGCCGGAGGAGGUGCAAAUGAACAUGAGCGAGAGUCUGAAACGAGCGGGAACGCCAAUGCUUCUCUCGGUGGACGGGCCACACUUUGGAGCGACGCCCUCUACGCACUCGACCAUUUCCAUGGAAACCCAAGAGACACAUCCGAGCAUUGUGAUCGACAGCGCAGAGCAGGAGGAACCAGUUGUCUCUUUCGAUGUCAAUAAGCUCUCUCCCUGA